GCACUUUGUUGAAUGUCUCUAACUGUGAUGGACAAUGUUUCAAUAGUUUCUGUUUUUACACUGUCAGGGUUAAAUGUUCCUGCAAACAGCAAAGCACUUCUGUUUGCUCUAACUGCUCUAUGUUACUGUGUGAUUUGGCUUUUGAAUAUGACAAUUAUUGUGACCAUAAUUGUAGAUAAAAGACUCCAUGAGCCCAUGUACAUCUUCCUCUGUAAUCUGUGCAUUAACGGACUCUAUGGAACGGCAGGUUUUUAUCCAAAGUUGCUCAAAGAUCUUCUGUCUUCCGCUCAUGUCAUUUCUUAUGUCGGUUGUCUCCUGCAGGGGUUUGUCUUGCACUCGUCGGUGUGUGCAGAGCUAUCUCUCCUGCUGCUCAUGGCCUUUGACAGGUAUGUGGCAAUAUGUCAACCUCUGAUCUACAACUCUGUGAUGACUAAAGAAAAAGUUGCCAUCUUUUUGACCUUUGCUUGGCUCAUACCUCUUUAUUUAGUCUUAGUGGGAACAAUAACAACUUCAGUGUUGAAGCUGUGUGGUUCACAUAUACCAAAACUCUACUGCAUCAACUUUUUGAUUGGACAGUUAGCCUGCACUCCUUCUGUAGCAAACAUCAUUAUUCCUGCCAUGAACUACACAGUUUACCUACUGCAUUUCACUUUGAUUUUCUUUUCUUAUGUUUAUCUGAUUAAAAAAUGCCUGUAUUCAAGUGAGAACAGGAGUAAAUUUAUGCAAACCUGUCUGCCACAUGUUGUUUGUCUGUCAACUUUUAUCACAGCUGUGGCAUUUGAUCUGCUGUACGUAAGAUUUGGUCAAUUGGAUUUACCACUAGCUGUCAAGAAUUUCAUGGCAAUGGAGUUUCUUCUCGUUCCUCCCAUUAUCAAUCCACUGGUCUAUGGUUUACAACUAACACAAAUACGCCAAAGGAUUGUAAAUUCUUUGCUUAGAAGACAAAUGAUAUGGAGCCAUUAGGCUCUUUUCAAUGUUCCUGC